CUCGUUGCGGCAUCUAUUCCCUGAGUUCUCUCUUGUCUGAUUUCCGUUGCCGAAAUUGAACAAAAAGGAUCGUCAUCGAGUGAUACAAGUGUGUUGGUAACCAAGCAACGAUUGGAGGGAGAAAACCGAAAAAGGAAUCAAUUACUGGUAGUGCUUGUGCUGGAGGCAGUGGUGGAGCUGCAGGCAGUCGAGAUGAACUGGAAAUGCCAGAUAGAGUGAGCAUGAGCAUUUAUUGCUACACUCAGCAAACCACUCUGCAAACUGCACAGUGUGCGUCACUGUCAGAAAACACCAUGUAAACGGCGAGAGAAACUUGGAAACGUGAGACUCAUUCACAGUGGCUAAAAGUGCGCCGGUACACACACAUUGUCUGCCGCACACACAAAUGCAGGCACGCGCGUGGAAGGAAAAGAUGGUGCAUUAAAUCCCCGCUGAAACCGGCUGUCACACGAAUGCUAUCGGAAAGCGUGCAUUACGGGAAAACACCUGUAAACUGUUGCUGUAAUCUGCACCCCGAGAACUAUCUUCAUCGCCGGUAGAUAGACUGUAAGCAUUAUUGCCUCGCCGGACGCCGGUAUCGCUCGUCUUAAAGCUGGAUUGUAGUCGGCUGUGCUACAAGCUCUUGCAACUGUACACGGGUAGGCGCCUGUCUCUGGAGCACCCGAUGCACACCGAUCCUAUCAAGAACAAGGAGAAGCGUAGCAGCAUGGCGGGAGCAGCGAUGAUCGAAGCGCCGCAGCGAGAUGAGCCGAUCAACAGCAGGAAUAGCCCGUCCGCACUCAACAUACUCUCGAAUAGCACUGACGCCGAGGAUUUUGCGAACAGUAUGCUCUGCCUUGAGGAUGAACUGAAGCACCUGGCAGUUGCCCCGAAGGCAUUGGACUUGUCUUCCCCAUCACCCGGUUCUGCACCGUCCUCCUCACGUCUCGACAAAUGCUCUGAAUACAAUAACGACAUGGAGUUGGAUCAUGUUGGUUAUCGUAGCGAUGGUUCUGGAGGAUUCUUUGAAGGUUUGCUUGGCUGUCUUCGCCCUGUAUGGACUAUCAUUGGCAAGGCAGCGCAAGCAGAAAUAAAAAUGAAAGGUACGAUGAAAGAUGAGUGGGAAAUACCAUUCGAGUCGAUCAGGGACCUUCAGUGGCUGGGCAGCGGGGCCCAGGGGGCUGUCUUCCUUGGCACGCUGGAGACGAAGAGUGUUGCUGUGAAAAAGGUGCGGGAGUUCGAGGAGACGGACAUCAAGCACUUGCGAAAGCUCAAUCAUCCCAACAUAAUCUCGUUCAUUGGUGUGUGUACCCAGGAGCCUUGCUACUGUGUCAUCAUGGAGUACUGCCCCUAUGGACAAUUGUACGAGGUGCUGCGGGAUGGCAGGGUAGAGGUAUCGCCUCCUCUGCUCUGUGAGUGGGCGAAGCAAAUAGCUGCUGGCAUGACUUAUCUCCAUUCCCACAAGAUCAUCCACCGGGAUUUGAAAUCACCUAAUGUGCUAAUAGCAGAAAGUGACGUCGUCAAAAUAUCAGACUUUGGGGUGAGCCGACAUCUAAGUGAACAGAGCACUGUGAUGUCAUUUGCUGGUACGGUCGCUUGGAUGGCUCCUGAAAUCAUCCGCAAUGAACCUUGCUCUGAAAAGGUCGAUAUAUGGUCGUUCGGUGUUGUUCUCUGGGAGCUGCUAACAUGCGAGACGCCGUACAAAGAUGUUGACUCAUCAGCCAUCAUAUGGGGGGUUGGCAACAACAGCCUGCACCUACCCGUGCCGUCGACGUGUCCCGAUGGCUUCAAGCUGCUUAUGAAUCAGUGCUGGAAUGGAAAGCCAAGGAACAGACCUUCGUUUAAGAACAUUCUGAUUCAUUUGGACAUAGCCGCCGCAGAAGUCCUGGAUAUUCCAAAGGAGGAGUAUUUCAAGAUUCAGGGAGCUUGGAAAGAGGAAAUAAAGCAGUCGUUUCAGAACAUCAAGAGUGGCACUGUACACAUUCCACGGCUGGAAGAGGAACUGAUACGUAGACGCAGACAGGAACUUCGGCAUGCACAGGACAUACGGGAACACUAUGAAAGGAAGUUAGACCGAGCAAAUAACUUGUAUAUGGAACUGAGCACAGUCAUGUUACAGCUUGAGCAACGUGAGAGAGAAGUCAUCAAGAAGGAGCAGCAGAUGGCAAUGUACACGAACCCAUGUAAACUGGUGAAGAAACGAAUAGUGAAGCCAGUGCUAAAAGUUCAGGAACGCAGUGGCAGCAAGAAGCGGUCACCAAAGUCAACGGCCGAGGAACACUUGAGCCCACUGAAGGUGGUGCCAGCUACCGCACCGUCGCCCAUUCCGCCGGAGGCUGUGUCGCCAGACGCGUCACCCAGCAAAGUGAGAAUACGUAAAGUGCGUCAUCGUCGACUGCUGUCACGAGGCACGAUGACAGCGAUGGCGGCCAUGAUGAGUCCGUCAAAAGACUCGCUGCAGUGCAAGCUGCAGGAUCUGCGUCCCGACGAUGACCGACGCAAGCUGCAGCACUCGCAGUACCUCGAGAACAUCAAGUACGGCGCGGGCCUGCGCAGUCCCAGCGUCGCCGCGCACGGCCUCCCGGGCGAGACGUGCCUCGACGACGCCGGCCGCCUCGUCCGACCCGACGACUCGGCGGCCUCCCCGUUCAAGCCUCCGAAGAUGUGGACGAACCCAAAGAACGGACGCGGCGGCGGCGGCGGCGGCGGCGGCGGCGGCCAGAAGUCGACGCGUCUGCUCGGCAGCAACAAGUAUCCGCAGAAGGCCUUCCUCAAUAGAGAGACGGACGAGAUCAUUCGCGUUCCGUACGAAGCCGACGCGACGGCGGCAGCGGCAGCGGCGGCGGCGGCGGCGGUCGCGAAGGAGUCCGUCAAGGAGCUGUUCGUGAAGAAGACGGCGCUGCCACGCGAGCUCGAGCACUCGUACACGGACAGCACGAGCAGCGACAACCAGAGCCUUGAGCGCAGCUUCACGCAGAAUCUCGCCAACGGCGCGAUGCAGCGGUGCACCUCCCUCGCCUCGUCCGCCGCGUUCACACACUCGCCGAGCGCGUCGACUCGGAGCGACGGCGGCGGCGGCAGCGGCGCUCCCACUGGCGGCGAGAGGCCGAAGUUGCAGCCGUACACGCGGCACACGAGCAACAGUUCAGACGCGACGCCGCCGAUAAACGGAGCCGUGCCGCUUGAGUCAUCAAGUAGUACUGGAGGAACGCAGCCAUCAGAAGACUCCUGGUCAGAGGGUAUAGAUACGGAAAGUGACAUGGAACUAAGACGGGCAACAAUUGCGCACCACAUGAGCAAUCGGAUGUCCGGCUACUCGACGUUCAGCUCCGAGGGCAACGACAACAACUCCGAUUACGAGGAGAACACGAGCGAGCAUUCGAUGCGCGACACGCCCGACCGACUCGUCUCGUCCACCAGCGGCUCGGACCUCGCCUAUCACCUGCAGGCGCAAGUGCAGCAGUCGGAGGCGGACAUAAGGAAACUCAAGGCGCGAUACGAGUGCGAGAACUCGAAUCACUCGGUUCUGUCGUUGUCAGAACCAGACCUCGUCGACUCCUCGGACAGCUCUUCGGACGAGCGAUCGAUCGACACGAUCAGAACCGCGCUCGAGAAAUCUCGGAGUACCGGCAGCAGAGAGAGUGCAACUAGCAGUCACAGCGUCGCAAGUGCACUCAGUAUCACCAGUAACCACAGCAUGAACUGGUAAACACUUCACCGAUAUCCACCGUGUCACCUGGUGCACAUGUCACUAAUGUGCACAGUCCACAGUGGCAACUGGUGAAGGUGUCACCCGUAUGCAAAGGGUCAACUGGUGGAGGUGUCACCAGUAUGCACAGUGUCAACUGGUGGAGGUGUCACCAGUAUGCACAGUGUCAACUGGUGGAGGUGUCACCAGUAUGCACAGUGUCAACUGGUAGAGGUGACACCAGUAUGCACAGUGGCAACUGGUGGCGGUGUCACCAGUAUGCACAGUGUCAACUGGUGGAGGUGUCACCAGUAUGCACAGCGUCAACUGGUGGAGGUGUCACCAGUAUGCACAUUGUCAACUGGUUAAGAUGUCACCAGUAUGCACAGCGUCAACUGGUUAAGAUGGCACCAGCAUGCACAGCGUCAACUGGUGGAGGUGUCACCAAUAUACACAGCAUCAACUGGUGGAGGUGUCACUAAUAUACACAGCAUCAACUGGUGGAGGUGUCAACAAUAUACACAUCAUCAACUGGUGGAGGUGUCACCAGAAUGCACAGUGUCAACUGGUGGAGGUGUCACCAGUAUGCACAGUGUCAACUGGUGGAGGUGUCACCAGUAUGCACAGUGUCAACUGGUGGAGGGGUUUCGUGUAGGCAAGAGUAUGCACCAGGUGCUAGAGGACUCGUAUAGUAUGGCACCCAGUAGCUGCUCUCUGGCAGCUAGUAGCCCCCCCCCCACCCAGCGAUUCACUAGCAGCAAUUCUGUCAUGCUAAGCAGGCUUCAUUUGCGUGCCGAGCAAAAGCAUUGGUGCACACCAGAUAUGAAGGGUCGUGACGUGUCACUACAACAAAGACUGUUGGUGUACACAUCAUCCUAGCUGGCCUUCAAGGGCACAUGACAGUGACCAGGUCAAUAUUACAUAGCACCAUGGAGUGAAGAAAAAAACGAAAUCAUUGAUCAUGUUGCGUGAAUGUUGAGAGUAAAUACAGUAGCGUUACUACAUUAUAUCAAAUGUAUAUUUCGGUACACAUAAAUAGCACUAUCCAGUUAUCAGUAGUGGAUUAACAGUCUGGUGCAAGACUGGCGGUGAUAGAAUUCUUUCUAGCCAGAUAUCUAUGUUUUAUGUCUAUCGCAGUAAGACACAGUCAUUUCGCGGGGAAAGUUUGCCGAUGUGUGGGGUUUAAAUGAGGAUUGAUACCAAGAAAGAUUGUGUGAUAUUUGAGGCAACCUCUGAAUGAUUAAAUGGAUACAUGGCCCCUAGGUUCCUUGCAUAUUUUCAGUUAAAAUAGGUUAAAUUACGCUACAUAAAAAAUGUCAUUGUUCAAUAUUAAUUUGAAAUAUUUUUUUUUACGUUUUAAAACUAAUGGCUGUAUCAUUGCUUACAACGGCGGUGGCGCCACUACUAGCCAGCCAAUCAACUUUCAAAGUUGCGCAUCACAACUUUUUGACUGGAGGCUACAGACUGAGGGUGUUUCUUAUUUAUAAAUUUAAGAUGAGAAGGAUUGCAAUAUCUUAUAAACAACUUUUAGAUUCCGUGUUAUAAUCUGGACGAAUUUGUCUUAAAAUAAAAAUCGUUCAGUUAAAUUGCA